CAACAGGAACCGGUCCACAAGAAGCUCUGCAAGCUGGAGAGGAACUCAAGCCUGGACCAGGAGGAACCAGAACCUCCACAGAUUGAGGACCGAGAGGAACCAGAACCUUCACAGUUUGAGGACCAGGAGGAACCAGAACCUCCUCAGAUCAAAGUAGAGGAUGAGGAGCUCUGCACCAAUCAGGADGAAGAUCAGCUCCACCUGAAGCAGGAGACUGAUCCGGUUCUGGUGACUGUUUUUUAUGAAGAAAGUCAACCAGAACCAGACAAGGAGCAGCUCAUCUCUCAGAGGUCUACUGGAUCUGAGGACCAGGAUCAGGAUUCAGGGUCAGAUAAGAAGAUGGAUCACACAGAGGGUCAUCAUGGUAACCAUGCAGGCCAAUCAGCAACAUCUGAGAGGUUGUUUUCUUGUCUAAUCUGUGGAGAAACUUUUUCAAAGAAAUCACUGCAUUACCAUCAUGUGAAGGUCCACAGAGUCUGGAACCAGAACUCUAAUAAACUGAUGUAUUGUUGUCCCACCUGUGGGAAAAAGAUCUUUGCUUAUAGUCACUUAAUCAGACAUAUGAGGGUCCACACAGGUGAAAAACCAUUUUAUUGUAAAACUUGUGGAAAAGCUUUUCAACAUCAGUUCAAUCUGAAGUGUCACAUGAUGAUCCACACAGGAGAGAAGCCAUUUAUUUGUAAAACUUGUGGAAAAGGUUUUUAUCAAAAAGUACAUCUUCAAAAUCACAUGCUGAUCCACACAGCAGAGAAGCCAUUUUCUUGUAAAACUUGUGGACAUCUUUUUAAAUAUUCAUCAAGUCUGAAGUGUCACAUGAUGUGUCACACAGGAGAGAAGCCAUUUUCUUGUAAAACUUGUGGGAAACGUUUUUACAGAAAGGACCAGCUUACUCGUCACAUGAAAGUUCACAGAAGCUGAGCUGAUGUUCUUCUGUCAUAGGUGGAGAAAAGUUUCACCAAAUGAUCUAGAAGAGGUUUUACAGCCAGGAGAAGAAUGACAUGUUCAUAAUGUGGAGAAAAGUUAGAAAAGUCUUAAAUCUUGUUCAUGUUUGAAGCAGGGCUGGGCCCUAAAACAAUAACUACACACAGCAAAAACAGGUGUUAAAAUUUCAGUGUUAAACUUUUGGGUGUUGAUUUAACACCCCCUAGUGUUAUUUUA